AAACAAACAUUCCUAACCUCAAUCUGUCAACAUUCAACUUCAACAACAUGUGUCCACACUUUUAUUUUACUAACACUAGAAUUGUAAGUUAGUAAUCGCUCAUGCAUUUCGAAAAUUUUGUUUUUUGAGUCAUCUUGUGCACUGUCUACUCAAUAAUUUACAUAAGCGCAGAAGCCUGUCCAUCAUUGGCACAUUUGCUGUCGCUACAUCCUUCUUCUGCCGUGCCAUUUCCAGCUUUCUCACUUAGCAGGUGUACCAGUUAGCAUACGUGAUUGCCGAAGCUGCUGUUUCUCCAAGGCCUGGCAGCUUGAUUCUGAAGAGGUUAAUUGAUGGAGAAACAAUUGAUUUGUGGAAAUACCUUGCAGAGUGCUCGUGAGUGGAAACUUCAACCUCAGUCGCCAACAUUUUUUCCAAGGUAAUAUUAACAAUUCUGUGCGCUCAGUGCCAAAAGUAAGUUUAGCAGAAGUGUAAGGAAGUAAAAAUGUCCCAGAUGAAUCCUUCAACAUGCACAAUUGCUGGCAUUGAAAUGGGUCAUCAUGCAGCCUGCCUGCCUGCAAUGGUCGAGUGGGAAACCGGUGUAUUAAAAGCUGAGAAAGCACCUGACUUGGUUUGUUCAUUUCGUCCGAAUAAAAUAAAGUCCCCAUCUGGUAGGGAACUGUUUGUUCAAGCAGAGGAUAAAGUCUUCAAGGCUGAAGAAAAUUCUGCAACAAAGAAUUUUCAUUCAUUUAUUGCGAUCCGGAACACAAAUACCAACAAGAUUCGAUUGUUCUUAGCAGAAAAUUUAAUUGCAAAGAAAUUGAAUCAGCAGGACCAGACAGUUUUAGGCAGUGAAUCAAAUAUCAGUAGCAGAUUCAGAAGUAUGCAAGAUCUAAAGCGAGCAUUUGGCUCCAAGCGUAGUAAACGAAUGGCCGAGCAACAAGAAAGGAUGAGAAUGAACUUGAAUCAGUUGAACGAUAGUAUUAAUGAAGCAAUAAUGGAGAAACAGGUUACUGUCGAAGAAGUCAAUAUUCAUACUGCAGCUGAUUUGUACAAAGAUAUAUUACCUCCUUGCAAUCGCAAUGCCGAAAAAGUAGAAGAUGUUUACCGUUUGGAAAAUUUGAUUGAUGACUCAGAGUUAGACGAUUACCAAGAACUAGCAGAAAGUGUUCAAAAUGCAUCCUCUGAGGAGCUAACAGAAAACUGCUCUCGGUUUUUCACCGACGUCCUUGGACUACUACCAAAACCUGCUACAGAUAGACAGAUUAAAGUUUUGCUCUAUGCUGAUACUCUAGUACAACUUGCAGAGCUAAAACCCCUCACAAACAAAGGUAUGAAGCAGAUUUGCCCCUCAGCUAGAAUAUUACAGAAGAUAAAAGAUGCAUACACACAUAACAGCCAGAAAGUUCUCUCAAGAAUCAUGCAGGACAAAAUUAUUUGCCACAUCUUCAUUCUUCUUCUCCUGAUCUGUAACUACAAAAUAUUUUUUAGUUUUCUGAAUAACUGUUCAAACAUUUUUAGAAACAAGCAGUCGCUCCUUAGAAUCAUCGGUGCAACUCCUUUCUUGAAAAAUAAUGAUAAUGUUUUCAUGUUGCGCCUUCCUUUACCAUCUUUACCAACAGGAGCUAUGAAAAUCCGCCGAUGAAAUUCCCCUCAAGGAUGUGUUGCUGUCACUGAGUCAAAAUAGGAGGCAGUUAAGUUUUGGUGGCCAUUUUUCGUGUUAUUUAAUGAUCACAGAUUCAAAUUAAAAAUGUUAAUGGAAAUAGCUAUUAUACAGCAAAAAUGAAGGUUAAUUUUAUUUGCCAUGCUGUGCAUCGUAAAUUGAUCGUAAAACUCACCUUACUAAUGAAAUUUCUGAUAAAUUUUUGGCUAAAGUUUUAGAUUUCAUAGUCUCAUCAUUGAUUACUUCUCAGCCAAUUCGGAUGCCUCUUCUGUGGUGCCUUCUGCUGAUUACGCUUGUGAGAAGUUUACAACUUAGCCCUCAGAGUGAGCUUUUUACAGCAUGUCUUUCAUGAAUACUGUCUUGUAACCUUAAUUCUCGUUAUUUUUAUACACUUCAUGUAAAAUAAAUUUUCAAGUAGUUUCUACUAUUUUAUGUCCUGCAGCGUCUGUCUCUUUUUGCAUAAACUUUGUCUAUGCUGUACAAUACUGUGGAAUGAAAAAUAAAUCUAUGUAUAUUGAA